UUACCAAGUGAUAUGGAGGGAAAGUAUUUUUUUUUUUCGCUCUCCCGUCUGUGCGAAGUGGAGCAGCCAGACAGAAAUAUUCAAAUAAAAGAGAAGGAAACAAUGAAUUGGGUAGUCCUUUAGGGUUAGGGUUUAAGCCUUUAUCUGGGGUGUGGUUCAGCCAAAGCCACACUCGGUAAAACCCUAAAACCCCAAAUCUUCUUUUCUUGACUUCUUCCUUUCGGUUCAAUCCCUAUCCAGGUAUGAGGCUUGAGCUCUUUUCGAGAUGGAUUAGGGUUUCUGAUGCGAUAUUGUUAGUAUAAGCAAUCUAUACCCCAAACUUAUUUUGGGGUUGUUGAAGAUGGGGGAGAUGGACGAUGAUUUUGGCGACCUCUACGCAGAUGUAGAGGUUCAAGUAAGUGCUGCCAUGAAAACAAACUCUAGUUUUAACCACUUGUACAUAGAAAAGGAAAGUGAGGACGACGGUGAUGGUGUUAGAGAGGGUCAUACCUUUGAUUCGAGUUCGAAGAAAGUUGAUUCCGUCAGGGAGGAGUUGGUUCUCCACUGCGACAACACUGAUGCAAAACAGGAGAAUGGAAAUCACAGUGCUAAAAUUUUAAACACCUCAUUUCUGGAAGCCAAUGGCGGAAAGGAGUUAACUCUCGACAAUGGAAGUGAUAGCGAGGAUGAUUUGCAUAUAGUUUUAAAUGAGGAGGACUGCCGCACGUAUCCAACUAUUAGGAGUGUAAAUAUGGGGAACCGAAGAAUGGCGGAGGCUAGUGACGACGAGGAUGAUGAUCUGGUGAUUGUUACGGAGGCAAACCGCUCAAGUAAGGACCGGAAGUGGGUUGAUCAGGUGCAACUGUCAACCGAUGGAGUGGAGCAGGUGCUCUCCUCUUCUGGUGCUGAAAGAGCCAAUGCGAUGAAGGGUGGCUAUCUUUCGCAGUAUUCUCAAUACAAGUAUGUAAGAUCUCAUGUAGCAGCGCCAUUGAAUUCAAAAGCUAGUGGUUAUGGGGGAACGGUUUCCUUGUCUUCUCCAUUGUUGUCUAGAGGUGAUUUAGAUGCAAGUAAUCAGCAUAUGGGUUCAGGCUCAGGCCCAAUCACUUCAUGUAUUACAGCUGUUCCAUCAGUAACUUCAAGAGGACGUGAUUUCUCUCUACCCUGGUAUAGGACAAUAUUAGAUGUAAACAUUGAAAUGUUCGAAAGGAAACCCUGGAGGCAGCCUGGAGUAGAUAUAACAGAUUUCUUUAACUUUGGCCUGGAUGAGGAAAAUUGGAAAGAUUAUUGCAAUCGCCUGGAACAAUUCCGUCAGAAAGCUGCCAUUCUGACUAGGCCUAAUCGGUCGCAUCAAGACGAGACUGAGAAUCGUCCAGAAGUUGUGGCUGGGGAAAGCUCUCAAAUUUUAGAUGGUGAAGGGAUUUCUUUGCCAUUGAAGAAUACCGAUGGGGCAGUGAGGCUGUUGGAAAUGCCAAAGGGCAGAGCAAUUCAGGUUGAAGGUGGAAUUGGUGAACGCCGACCUUCCAUUGAUGUAAGGCGCCCAAGAAAUCGUGAUUCUGAUGUUGUGAUAGAGAUUGCUGUGCAGGAUUCCUUGGAGGAUUCCUUUGGGUCAGACAAGGAAAAACCAGGAAAUAUUGAUAAUUCUGUCCCAGAGUUAUCGGAUAAUGUGGAUUCUGGUAGGGAUAAUAGCAGAUACAUUGAAGAUGAACAGUUUGUAGAAUCUGUGGAUGGAGAUAGUAGAAGGUUUAAUGCACGUUCUGCAAAACAUACUGGACAGUGCUCUCUGACAAGGUGUUCUCAACCAAAAGCCGCAUCUACUGCAUUAUUUCUGGAUCUUGAUUGUCAAGGAACUGAACAUAUUCAUGAUGUAGAUAAGAAAGCAAAAGAACAUAUAUCUGAGGAAACUGAAUCUGUGGGAACAGUUAUACACAGUAAGGAAGGGGUUGACAAGAGUCCUUCCAAAGCAGAACCUUGUAUAUUGGAACCAGAAUCAUCCCUUGGUGAACAAGAUCAGCCUGGUUUAAGUCCAUCCCAUCUUGAUAGUCAUUCUGAAUCAUCUAAGACAGCUCUUGGUAUGGACUUGAAUGAAAUUAAGAAGUCCAAAAGAGGGAAAUCAUCACUUGCCAAGUUACGGAGAUCAGUGAAAUCUGACUAUGAUCGCACUAAAGAUUUGGAAAGCAAUAGCAGCAAAACAGAAUCUGGCAAUUGGAAAUAUUCCUCCAGAAGCCAAAGCCCCAUUGAAGAUGAGCAAACAUUGUGUAGUAGAAUGAGACUUCGCAGUGUGGCUGAACUGAAGAUUCACCCAGAUCAUGAGGUGGCUCCUUUAAUUGAUAGGGAGGACCAAUACAGUAGGGAUUGUGUAAAAGUAAGCCAUCGAGAAAGGAAGGACUGGGUGCGUUAUAAUGGCUCUUAUUAUGAAAACUCUUCAUACUAUAGAGAAACUGGAACAGAAAAUGCUUAUCAUCAUGGAAGGUUAGCAGAAAAGCAGGGAAGACAUGACUAUACUGAAGUUUACCAUAGGAAAGGUCAUCAACAUUUCAGAGAUGAAAUGGAUCCAUAUUUCAGAAGGCACUGGUAUGAAAAGGAGCAUUUUGUUGAGCGAUUUACUGCUGAGUACAGAAAAAUAAAGCAAAAAGAGCGGUAUUUUCAAGAAAGAGAAUACACUGAUGAGGAGAUAAAUUCUCUUCCUUAUAACGAAUGUGCCUGGUCCCCUGGAGGACAUUCUUCCUUUUACAAAAACAAAGAAAGGCACACUUUGCGACCAAGGAAGGGAGAUGAUGAAUGGCUACUUAGAAAGAGGGUUGAAGAUGAUGAGCUAAUGCAUGAAGAUAGAUAUAAAGAGGAAAUAAUUCAUGAAAAAUAUGGAAGAUAUGCAUCAUAUGAUGGCAGAAGAGAAGCAUUUGAAGAACUGCAUGAAAGCCAUAUUCCAUAUGGUGGAAGAGGAAUUAAAAUUUCUAGAAGAAGUGAGAGAUAUAUUGAUAGUCCCUGCUCUGAUAUGGAUGAUUCAUUGAGGUAUGCAAGACAUGAUGAUGAAUACUGGAGGUGUCCUGAUCAUCACUCUUUGUCUUCUCAUGGUCACAGGCAAUUUCCUACUCUUAACGGUAGAGGAUGGCGUGGCACAGACUCACCAAGGGAUGAUGUUUACCAUUCAAGGAACUCAGAUGAAAGAUGUGAUGGUCAUUGGAGGAAUAUGCACUCUGAAAAGCAUUGGUUUAAUUCUAUAUGUAAAGAUAGUUCUGAUGCCAAUUAUGUAGCUGAUUAUACUGAUGAUGAGACUUGUAAUGAGAGAAGAAGAAGAAUUAAUGGGCAAUUUAAAGCAUUACAUUGGGAUGAGGAUGAACCAAGUUAUAGGCACCGAGGUCAGGAUAAUAUAUAUGUGGAGGAGAUGUCAUUGUAUUAUGAAAAGAAUUCAAGGCAUGAACCUGUUCGUGUUAGACAUGAACCUACUCAUCAUGAAAUGAUUAUUGAUGAUUACCAUUUAGAGCAGGUUCGAGCGAAAAUGACAAGAGAAGAUAGAAAUUGUGGACUUAAUAACGGAUUUAGUUGCAGUUUUGAUACUCAUAGAGGUAAGCGUGGUCAGGCAGUCCUGAGAUGCAGGGAUUCGGUUGACUUGCAUGUGAUUGGUUGGGAAGGAAAGUCCUCUGUUAGACAUUCCAAAGCUGGGGAUGCAAGACACAAGAUUGGGCAUGAUAACAGGGAUCAAAUGGUUGGUAAAGGGCAGACGGUCUUCAGGAAUUCCACUGAACCAGACAUGGUGAAGACAAUUCCAACAUACAACUCUAGAGCUGAAAUUGGAAAUCUCCAUGGCAUCAGCUCCAAGAUUGAAAGAUUGGGUCCAUGUGAUUCGAAACUCUCCAGGGAUCAUAAUAGUGGGAAUUGGCUUGAUGAUCCACUUGUGCUGGAUCAUGAUGAUUUGAGCCUUGAGGAGGGCCAAGUAGUAGUAGAACCCGUGAAGAAGGUGGAACACAUGGAAAGAAAGAAUUUUUCCAAUAAUGCAACACAAAAAGGUGAUAUGAAGGAAUGUAGAUCAUAUACCACUGAUGCUGCAAAUGAGAAUAAGUCUGUUGGGGGUUAUGAUAACCAUCGGAUUCUGGAGACUAUAGCAAAGAUGGAAAGGCGAAGGGAGCGUUUCAAGGAGGCUAUUCCAUUGAAUAAAGAGGUGGCCCAGGUGGGCAAGAACUCCAAGCCUGAACCUGAUCCUGUGGUCGAAACGACUGAAGUUAAGCAGCAGAGGCCAGCCCGAAAGAGACGAUGGUGUGGAAGUUAGGUGUCCAAUAAAUUUACAACAAAUCAGGUUUCCUUCGAGGAAGAUACACAUGGGGGGGUCUCUCUGAACAUCUAUCCUGUACCAGGCUACCGUCAGAUUGUCCAAAAGGGAACUCGAAAUUGAAGUAAAACUGAUCGGUUGGAACAUUUCUCAAGAAAUUGAGGGCAUGCCAUUUUUGAUUUAAAGAUUUUAUUAAAUUUGAUGUAUAAAUAAAUCUGGUGGGCUGAGAGCCUGGGCUAAAAAUUAGAGUCUUGAGGCUGUUAAAGCCCUAAUUGGGUCUAAGGGACCUGUGUUGGAAAAAAGCUCCCGAUUGUAUUCAGAUGGCCAUUUUUUUUCCAAUGAAUUUUUGUCAUACACAUUUAUUAAGCAUUGCUUUACUGGUCUUUAGAGGAUAAAUGAUAGAAUCAUUCAAACAA